AUGAAGCUGCUCGGGCCGCUCGGGCUCCUCUGCGCGGUGCUCGGGGCCUGCUGGCAGCCCGGCGAGGCCRCGCGGUGCUCCGAGAAGCAGUACGAGCACAGGGACAAGUGCUGCAACCGCUGCCCGCCAGGGAUGAAGCUGCUCUCCGAGUGCAACAGCACAGCCGAGUCCCUCUGCGGCGCCUGCGAGAGCCACCACUACCAGCAGAGCUGGACCAGGGAGAGGCACUGCACCCCGCACGACGUCUGCGAGGACAAUGCGGGGCUGGAGGUGAAGAGGGUCGGCGAUGCAACACACAACACGCAGUGCCAGUGCCGGGCCGGGAUGCACUGCUCCGACGGCAGCUGCCAGAGCUGCGUGGAGAACCCGCCCUGCGGGCGCGGAGCCGGCUUCGUGGCAGCCAAGGCCGAGGCCCGGACAGCAUCCCCCUGUGAGCCCUGUCCCGAGGGCACCUUCUCCAACGUCUCAUCCAAAACAGAGCCGUGCCACCCAUGGACCAGCUGUGAGGAGAAAGGGCUCGUGGUGAAGGCCAAGGGCACCAACAYGUCGGACGUGCUCUGUGAGUCGAGCAGACGCUCCUCGCUCUCCGUGCUCAUCCCCAUCUCUGCUGCCAUCACCACCUGCCUUGUGGGCAUCUGCAUCUACUGCCUGGUCCACAGAGGUGAGAGCCGGGACGCGGAGAGACCAGGCACAGCGGUGAGGCAGCAUCCCGUGGAGGACCUGGAGGUGCUGCCAGUGCAGGAAACGCUGCUGGGGGGGCAGCCCGUGGCGCAGGAGGAUGGCAAGGAGAGCCGCAUGGCGGAGCAGGAGGGGCUCUGA